GGAUCUGCGUCCAGUGAGCUUGGAGAAAGGUCAGGAGACUCUCAGGUUACGGGUAUACGCUUGUUAUGCCUGGGGUGGGCCUUUAUUGGUAGCUGGUCUCGCAGCUCUCUUGGAUCACUUACCGCCCCAACCGCAUUAUACGUUCCUGAGGCCCCGUUUUGGCGAGAAACAGUGCUGGUUCUACGGUGACAUGGAAAUUCUAGCGUAUUUCUUUGGACCGAUCGGAGUGCUUUUGGCUGUAAAUCUCUUAUUCUUUGCCAUAACCGCCCGCGAAUUGACCUGCGGUCUAUGGAAAGGUGAAUUCGUGAAGAGCACUACCGAAAGGGCAACACUGGGCCGCAUAUGUAUGAAAUUGGUGAUUGUGAUGGGUAUCACCUGGGUAGCUGAUGUCAUCUCCUGGGCGGUCGGCGGACCGCAGUACAUCUGGUAUUUUACUGACUUAAUAAACGCUUUCCAAGGAGUCUUGAUCUUCGCGGCCGUCGGUUGUCAGCCGCAGGUUCGAGCGGCUGUUAAGAGAUUCUUCAGCAGGAAUCCGCAAACCAAUACCGGCCGCCAGGGUAACGGCCACAGCACAACCAGUCACGGAAUGCCUAGUAUGGGCGAUAGCGUCACACAAAAUCCAAGUACCAAGACUGCGCCGUUAGAGACUAUUUGUUAGAAGAGUUCCUUGUGAAAAAUUGUUUUUUUACGGAUUUUUUUCUCAUGCAUUCUUUUCACAUUUCGACUAGUUGUUAUUGAGUCAUCAGUAUUGCAUUCAAUGGAUAAAUUAAUAACUAUAUACUAUAUCUAUAUAUGUAUAGACAAUAAGGCUGAACUUCAGAAAUGGCAAAAUAUUAAGUGUUAUGCGGUAUACUAUCCCACCUAAGCAUUAACAAAGAUUUGCGUUAAAAUAUUUUUUUUAAAUAAGUUUUAUUUCAUUAAUAUGUUUAAACGUACAUACACACACACAAAUUUUAUAGACAAAAUUAUGACAAUUAUGACGCUUUGGUGCACAAGAAAAUGCUUUGAAAAUACGUUUUUAGAUAACUCUUGAGUUUUUGUUUUGAUUAACAACGACUUUGUUAGAGUCAAUAAUGACAAGGAAAGAGACACUGAUCGUUGUUCUUAGAAAUCGUACAAAAAUUGCAAUUAAACAACUAAACUCUUUCUGAUUAAAAUGGAUAUUAUUAAACAUAAAUAUAUACAAAAUGCAAUAAUAUAUGAAAAACUAAUAAGUCAGAUUUAAUUUU